AGCCGCUCCUCCCGCGCGGGGUCCUUCAGCAGACGGUGCGGGGCGGAAGUCGCACACAAACACACACACAAGCGCGCGCGCUGUUGCUUCUGUCGAUAAACUGGUUUAAACCCUUUAUUUUUGUGUUUCGUCGCUGUUUAUUAGUAAUUUGCGUGGCGAAGCGCGUUUGUUUGCUCCAGCAUGGCUCCUACUGUACAGACGCAAGCGCAGCGGGAGGACGGACACCGGAGCUCAGCUCACAGAAGCGUCCCAGAGAGGUCCGGCGUCGUGUGCAGAGUGAAGUAUGGCAACAGUCUUCCGGAUAUCCCCUUCGAUCCCAAGUUCAUCACGUAUCCGUUUGACCAGCACAGGUUUGUGCAGUAUAAAGCCACGUCACUGGAGAAACAACACAAGCACGAGCUGCUCACCGAACCGGAUCUGGGUGUCACCAUCGACCUCAUCAACCCUGACACGUACCGCAUCGACAGCAGCAUUCUGUUGGAUCCUGCUGAUGAGAAGCUGCUGGAGGAGGAAAUCCAGGCUCCGUCGAGCUCAAAGAGGUCGCAGCAGCACGCGAAGGUGGUGCCGUGGAUGAGGAAGACGGAGUACAUCUCCACCGAGUUCAACAGAUACGGCGUCUCCAACGAGAAAGUUGAAGUCAAGAUCGGUGUGUCCGUGAAGCAGCAGUUCACAGAGGAGGAGAUCUACAAAGACAGAGACAGUCAGAUAGUUCUACCAGCGGGGGUGGACAUGAUGUCACAGGCCAUGAUCAGGGGUAUGAUGGACGAGGAGGGGAAUCAGUUUGUGGCGUACUUCCUGCCUAACGAGGACACGAUGCGCAAACGCAAGAGAGACGUGGACGAGGAUUUGGAGUACAUGCCUGACGAAGUGUAUGAUUAUAAAAUCGCUCGCGAGUACAACUGGAACGUGAAGAACAAGGCCAGUAAAGGAUACGAGGAGAACUACUUCUUCAUCUUUAGAGACGGAGACGGAGUUUAUUACAAUGAGCUGGAGACCAGGGUGCGUCUGAGCAAGCGGCGAGCGAAGGUUGGCGCUCCGUCGUCUACGAACGCUGUGCUGGUGUGCAAACACAGAGACAUGAACGAGAAGGAGCUGGAGGCUCAGGAGGCUCGCAAGGCUCAGCUGGAGAAUCACGAGCCCGAGGAUGAAGAGGAGGAGCUGGACAUGAUGAAAGACCUGCAGGACUCUGGUGAGGAGCGCGAGAAGGCCAGCGACUCGGACAACUCUGAGAGCGAGUCUGAGCGCGAGGAUGAGGAGCGGCCCGCUGAGGAAGACGAGGAGGAGGACGAGGAGAGCAGCAAGAGGCGUGAGAGGAAGAGCAGCGGCAGCGAGAGCGGCGAGGACCGGCAGGCGCGAGAUGAGGAAGAGAUCUUCGGCAGCGAUGAUGACAGUGAGGAUGACGAGGGUGAGCGCGCGAGGAGCAACAGCAGCAGCGUCCAGCACAGCGGCAGCGAGAGAGCGUCCGACUCCAGCGACGCCAGCGACAGCGAAUGAGAUGCUUGGCCCCGCCCACCAGCAGCUUCUGCACUCAUGCUGUUUCCUGUUCCUGUUCAACUCUGUCCCUCUGAUGCUUUCACGGUGAAUCUCAUGUCCAGCUCUCUCUUCACCCCGAUGAAAUCAUAUUCUGCUCGACCUGGACGUGUGAGAUUGUGUGUGUGUGAGAGUGUGAGUGUGUGUGUGAGAGUGUGAGUGUGUGU